AUGCCUGGAGUACUCUCUCUGUCCUCUUCCGCCUCACCAUUUCCCUAUGCGGCAAUUGCAAUCGCCACAUACACAGACAAAGCUGAACUCUCAUACGAUGAGAGUGCAUCUGGCGUCUCACUUCAGCUUAAUGGCUCAACGAUCUCCGCGGAGGAUGAGAUAGUCCGUGCCUUGGCCAAGGAAGGCGGCCUUUCAGACGACAGCGCAAAGGAAGGUCCUCUUGCUAGAGAAAUACCACUGGUGUUGACAGUCGCGUCCAUACAGACACAGGCAUAUUUUGCUUUGGCAAAGUCUUUGCCGACUGUUACCGCUUUCCCGGAGAUCGUUGCCGCCCUCAACUCCUUGGAUGACCAUCUCGCCUUCCGUACCUUCCUUGUUGGACAUGAUAUUUCUGCUGCGGACUUCAUCGUAUGGGGCGCUUUGAAGGGUAGCAUAAAGAUAGUUGGUUUACUCAAGAACAACAAGCACCAACACCUUUUGCGGCGGUUCUCGCACAUUGAGUCUCUCGAGUCGACACAGCUCGCCAUCGCUAGUCUGGCCGAGGCAAAGUCAAGCAAGGCUCGUUCCAAUAAGACCGCGGCGUCCUUCGCACUCGGUCUACAGAAUGCUAAGGAGGGCCAGGUCGUCACGCGUUUCCCGCCCGAACCGAGUGGCUACCUGCACAUUGGGCACGCGAAGGCCGCCAUGCUCAACCAGUACUUCGCGAAGAUGUACAAGGGAAAGCUGCUCAUUCGUUUCGAUGAUACCAACCCCACGAAGGAGCGGACCGAGUUUGAGGAGACCAUCCUCGAGGACCUCGCACUGCUUGACAUCCAUGGCGACGCUGUCUCGCACACGUCCGACUACUUCGACCACCUGUACGAGCUUGCAGUCCGACUCAUCAAGGAGGGCAAGGCAUACGCGGACGACACUGUGCAGGAGCAGAUGCGGAAGGAACGCUGGGACGGCAUCGCAUCUCGCCAUCGCGACGACAGCGUUGAGGACAACCUCGCGCACUUCGAGGAGAUGAAGAAGGGCACACCCGAGGGCGUGCGCUGGUGCAUCCGUGCGAAGAUGAGCGUCGAUAAUCCGAACAAGGCCCUCCGUGACCCAGUCAUCUACCGAUGCAAUUUGCUGCCGCAUCAUCGCACUGGGGACAAGUGGAAGAUUUACCCGACGUACGACUUUGCGUGCCCCAUCGUAGACUCACUUGAGGGUGUCACACAUGCACUGCGCACGAACGAGUACCGUGAUCGCAACCCACAGUACCAGUGGAUGAUCGAGGCGCUCAGCAUACGCCCCGUGCACAUCUGGGACUUCAGCCGGCUCAACUUUAUCUACACACUGCUUUCAAAGCGCAAGCUGCAUUGGUUCGUUGAUCAGGGACUUGUGCGCGGCUGGGACGAUCCGCGCUUCCCCACCGUCCGAGGUAUCCGCCGUCGCGGCCUGACCGUGGAGGCUUUGCGCCAAUUUAUGCUUGCGCAAGGCCCGUCGCAGGCCAUUGUCUCGCUUGAGUGGGACUCACUCUGGACGCUGAACAAGAAGGUCAUCGAUCCCGUUGCGCCGCGCUUCUGGGCACUCAGCAAGACUAACCUUGUUCCAGUUGUCGUUAAGGGUGGACCUGCGGAGGUUGAGGUGAAAAGCCUCCCUAAGCACAAGAAGAAUCCCGAGGUGGGCGAGAAGCAGACAGUCUUCUCGUCGAACAUCCUAGUUGAGCAAGAGGAUGCAUUGACGUUCGACGACCAGGAGGAGGUCACGCUGAUGGAUUGGGGCAACGCCAUCGUGCGCUCCAAGACCACUGACAGCAAUGGACAAGUCACUGCAAUCGAGAUGGAGUUGCACCUCGAGGGCGACUUCCGUAAGACGAAAAAGAAGAUCACCUGGCUCACGCAGCCAACAUCCGCGCAUCCGCUCACGGAGGUGACGCUGCUCGACCACGACUACUUGAUCACGAAGAAAAAGCUCGAGGAGAAUGAUGACGUGAAAGACUUUGUCCCGCCCCAGUCCGAGUUCCGCGAAGACGUACUCGCCGAUGCGAAUGUGCUCACCCUCAAACGUGGAGAUAUCAUUCAGUUCGAGCGCAAGGGAUACUACAUCUAUGAUGGCGAGAAUGAUGGCCGCCGCGAGUUCAUUCACAUUCCCGAUGGCCGUGCGGCAAGCAUCGCGAGCAAGGCGACGCCUGGCGGCACUUCUACGCCCAAGGAGGCGAAAUUGGAGAGCACAGGCGCAUCUGCGGCAGGCAAGGAGUUCGCGAAGCAGUCGCUCGAGAUCCCAGUGGACACUAGGAUGUACAAGGUCGCGCCAAUAUACGGAGAAGGCGAUAUCAUUGCUCCCGCUGAUACAAAGAUGUACAAUGUCAAGCCUGUGUACGAGCUUUAG